GACUUUGAGAAAUGGAUUCGUAUGGCAACGGAUAAUAAAAUCAACACCGCGAACAGUUGGGAUUUAGCAUUGAUUGAUUAUUUUUAUGACUUGUCACUUUUGAGAGAAGGUGAUGGUAUCAAUUUUCAAAAAGCUUCUGCUACAUUAGAUGGGUGUGUCAAGAUUUACUCCUCAAGAGUUGAUUCUGCAGUUACGGAGACUGGGAGAUUGAUUAAUGGGUUGGCAACCAGUAAGAGAAAUCAAGUUGAUGAUGAAGGCGAUGAUGACGAGGAAGAUGAAGAUGAUGAAUUAGAUCCAAAUGCCCUCGUCAAAGAAAGAAAAUCCAAAGCAUCAGUAUCUCAAAAGAGCACGAUAGUGGAGUUCAAAGUAAUUAAGCUAAAGAAGAUGGACCUAGAGCUUUAUGUUGAUCCGUUAUUCAAAAAAGCACUAACAGAUUUUGAUGAAGGUGGAUCGAAAAGUUUGUUGCUAAAUAUGUUACAUGUUAACGAAGAAGGGAAAAUAAUGUUUGAUACUACAGACUCUGCAACGUCACAAGCCGUAAGAGAGGAAAUACCACAAGAAAAAGAAGAGCAGGAACAAGAAGAUGAGGAAGAGGCUGAUAUUAGUAUGAAUGACAUUGAAAAUAGUUUUGCUGAAAUGGAUAUAGAUGAACCACUGCCUGAACCAUCAUCAGAAUCAAUGAAUGCAAAAAUACAGAGCCUUGGCCAAAGGUUCCUAUCCCAUUUUGAUAAUGAAGUGAUAAGUGUGUGUCCAUCUAUGAAUGAAUUGAAUGCGGUUUUGAAUCAAAAGGCAACUUCAUCUAAUUUGUUGAAAGGAUUAGAAAAUGCUGACAUACUGGAGAGCUAUGAAGCUAACCAAGAUCAAGAUUUUGGUGAUUUUGACUUUGGACCAAAUGAUGAUAUAGAUUUAGGAAAAGAUGAAGCUGAUGAUUAUGGUAUAACUAUGCGGGAACUAUUCAACGAAGAUAAAAGUUAUGGUGUAGACCAUGAUGAUGAAGCGGAACAAAUUGCUUCAAUAACCAAUAUCCCUGAUGAGAACUUAUUGGCAUAUUUUGAUGAAAAUCAAAGAAACAAUUGGGCUGGUCCAGAACACUGGAAAAUUCAAAGACUCAAAAACAUUUUCAAAUCAACAUCAAAAGAUAUAGUACCCACGGAUGAAAAUACUGAAGGAGGUGAAUUACAUGGAAGUGGUACUUCUAAGAAAAGAACACCAAAGGAACAUCUUGUCAUAGAUUUCCUAUCAGAUGAAUUUCCAGAUGAAGAAGACAUGUUUACACCAGGUGGUAGUACAAUCUUGCUACCCAAAAAGGAUUGGAUAUCGAAAACUAAACACGUCUUACCAGAUGAUAGACAUUUUACAACAAAAAAUUUCAUUAAUUUGUUUUUGAAAGAGAAGUUAAUCAACAGUACAUUCAAUAAAGUGAAAAAUCUUGAUCAAGCGAUUGACGAAAGUCUUUAUGCUGAAAAUAUGACAAUAAAUGAUUUGAAUCAACAACCUGAAAACAUCAAUAACGCGGAUUUUUACAAUGACGAUAUGGGUGGUGGUUUUGAUCUUGAUGAUGAUUUUGGUACAGAUCAUAUUACACCUCAGAGUCAAGAAGCUCCUAGCUCACAACUACUGAUUAAGUCUCAAGGAAAACAGUCACCAUUGAAUUAUUCAAGAGUUGCUAAAAAAGUUGACAUUAAAGUGUUGAAAGAUAAUCUAUUGGAUAGUUUGAAAAAAGAAACCACAACAAGAAAAUCGAUGUCAUUUGAACCACCUCAACUGAGUGAUGAUAGUGGUUCUAGUUCAAUUGAUGAGACAUUAAAAUUUACUGAUGUUAUCCAUGGUCUUAAUGACAAAUAUGACAAGGAUACCAAGAAAGACUUGUCAACAAGUUUUUGUUUCAUUUGUUUAUUACAUCUUGCAAAUGAGAAUGGGCUAACACUUACGAAUAAUGAUGAUAAUUCUGAUUUGAUUAUA